GGAAACGGAAUUUAUUUUUCUUUCCUUUGUAACUCAGAUUGUUUCAGAGUAGCUUUUUUCCAAAAGGCAUUUUAUAUCUUUCUUCACUUUUUGCCCUUAAAGUGUUGUUGUCCGUCUUUGGACUAAGGAAGACAGUAAAGUUUUCCCGUCACAGAGAGGUCACUGAGGGAAACACAAACAGCCAGCAGCAUCAUGUCUGCAGAUCUGGACCUGUCUCCUCCGGAAGUCCCCGAGCCUACGUUUUUAGAGAGUGUACUGCGCUACGGGCUGUUUCUGGGUGCUAUCUUCCAGCUCAUCUGCAUCCUGGCCAUCAUCUUCCCCACAUCCAAGGGCCAUGAACAGGAGGAAACAGAGACCACUGACAGCAGAGCUGCCGAACAGAUGAAGAAACCUAAAGGAGCAGCCACUCAGAUUCGACAAAAACAAAAGAAAGAGAGCAAAAAGAAGCGAUAGAUGGCGUUUGUGUAUGUUUGUGUGAACAUUUGUAAUCAUCACUUGCAGUUACCACUACAAUGUGCACUGACAUUGAGACACUACAGUGUGACCUUGAACUCUGUCCUAUUCACACUCAACAUAACAAGGAGCAAGCUGCCAUGUUUGCUUACUGCUACAUAUUUCACUAGGUAACUGUUUUGCAUGUAUUUUUUUUUACAAUUAAAUACCAUUUAUUGGAUUGUAUUUGCAUUAAAAACAGACAAUUAAAUGCAUUACACAGUCA